AUCCAUAGGGUAUCUAUACGAAAUUCGUGUAGCGUACAAACGACGCAGAUUUUUAAAGCGUAGUCACAACUCAUAAAGCGACAGGGGUUUGGAUUUUGGCCUUGGAGAGAGAUCGAAGCACCGAAAAUGUCGAGCAUUGCCCGUGGAAGAUUAUCAGAAGAACGUAAAUCUUGGCGUAAGAAUCAUCCUCACGGUUUUGUUGCUAAGCCAGAAACUCUCCCUGAUGGAACCGUCAAUUUGAUGACUUGGCAGUGCAGCAUUCCUGGUAAAGCUGGGACUGACUGGGAAGGUGGCUGCUAUCCUCUCACGCUUCUGUUCACUGAGGAUUACCCUAGUAAACCCCCAAAGUGCAAAUUCCCGCCAGGAUUCUUUCAUCCAAAUGUCUACCCUUCUGGAACUGUGUGCCUGUCGAUCCUUAAUGAAGAUAAUGGAUGGAGGCCUGCCAUUACUGUUAGGCAAAUUCUUGUAGGUAUCCAGGACUUGUUGGAUGAGCCAAAUCCUGCUGAUCCAGCUCAAACAGAUGGAUACCAGCUCUUUAUUCAGGAUCCUGCUGAAUACAAAAGAAGGGUUCGACAGCAAGCCAAAGUUUAUCCACCCCUUAUCUAGUUGCAACUUAAUUUCGUUGUUGCAGGCUAUUGGAUUGACUGCCCAUCUAGUUAUAAUAUAAAGUCGUUGCAGUCUGUUGGAUCAAUCGUUAUGCUCAAUAUUUACUCGACUAUGUAUUUGGUGAUUUUUUCCGAACCUUAUAUGAUUUUCUGCAAUGAGGAUAUGCAAAUCCUUGUGGCUUCUCAUUUCAGACAUCAAAGAUAAUCAUUUUCAGUUUUUAUGAUUUCCCCCUUGCUUUCUCACUCUAA